CCGCCGCUGCCGCCCCACGCGGCCAUGCCUCCAGCGCCGUCUCCAUCCCAUGGAGGGCCGCUCCCUUGCCUUGCCGUCCAGCCACUCCUACGCCGCCUCCCUCUCGUCGAGGGGCGCCUCCCUCGCCGUCCAGCGCCGCCCCCUCGCCGUCCAGCAGCUCCAGUGCCGCCUCCAUCCCGAUCGACGGGUGCCUCCCUCACUGUCCAGCCACCCUAGCGCCGCCUCUCUCCCCGUUGACUGGGUCCUCCCUCGCCGUCCAGAUCUGAUCCCCACGCCGGCCAGCCGCCUCACCCUUCUGUCUCCCUCCCAGUCCAGCUCCUCCCACUGCCGAGUCAAGUCUUGGCGAACUACAACCGACCUGAGGAGAGGAAGACCCAAAAAAGGGUCCGAGGCUAGCAUGUCAGCUACCACGGCAAGGAAGGAGGCAAGUUUCCCGCUACACUCAUCCUCUGCAGUCUGAAACUCUAAAUGUAAUACACAUGCACCAAGCCUUAUUACCAAGAAACACGUGGAAUGUGAGGCGGCGGCGAAGCACUAGCUAGCGCGGGUGCGUCACCUCUGUGGUAUUGUGGGCAAUCACGGUUUUGGUUAGCUCACUGGAAUCAA